CAGACCCUGAAAGCUGAGUACCCCACCCCCAAGUGAGGGGAGGCUCAAGGGAAAGGGAGGGACAGAAGACGGAGAGAGCAAAGGAAGGAGGGGCAGCUAGCCAGGCUCCUGUCCCCCCACAGAGCCAGCUCCGAGUCAGCUCUAGGAACAGCUCAGCUGCAGAAGCAACAGCGGCUUCUCUCCUCUAGCUAAGGACGGCAGGCGCACGGACACACAGACAGAAGUCCUCAGCCCCCAGCCGCUUGGCCGGGCCUGGCCCCAUGGCCUUCAACGACCUCCUGCAGCAGGUGGGGGGUGUCGGCCGCUUCCAGCAGAUCCAGGUCACUCUGGUGGUCCUCCCCCUGCUCCUGAUGGCCUCCCACAACACCCUGCAGAACUUCACCGCUGCCAUCCCCACCCACCACUGCCGCCCGCCUGCCGACGCCAACCUCAGCAAGGACGGGGAGCUGGAGGCCUGGCUGCCCCGGGACAGGCAGGGGCAGCCGGAGUCCUGCCUCCUCUUCACCAUCCCCCAACAGGGACCGCCUUUUCCCAACGGCACGGGGGCCACAGAGCCCUGCACCAACGGCUGGAUCUAUGACAACAGCACCUUCCCUUCCACCAUCGUGACUGAGUGGGACCUCGUGUGUUCUAACAGGGCCUUACGCCAGCUGGCGCAGUCCUUGUACAUGGUAGGGGUGCUUCUCGGAGCCAUGGUGUUCGGCUACCUGGCAGACAGGCUGGGCCGCCGCAAGUUGCUGAUCUUGAACUACCUGCAGACGGCCGUGUCAGGAACCUGCGCCGCCUUCGCUCCCACCUUCCCUGUCUACUGUGCCUUCCGGCUCCUCUCCGGCAUGUCGCUGGCUGGCAUCUCCCUCAACUGCAUGACACUGAAUGUGGAGUGGAUGCCCAUCCACACGCGGGCUUGUGUGGGCACCCUGACUGGCUAUGUCUACAGCCUGGGCCAGUUUCUCCUGGCCGGGGUGGCCUUGGCCGUGCCCCACUGGCGCCACCUGCAGCUCCUGGUCUCCGUGCCUUUUUUCGCCUUCUUCAUCUACUCCUGGUUCUUCAUCGAGUCGGCCCGCUGGUACUCCUCCUCUGGGAGGCUAGAUCUCACCCUGAGGGCCCUACAGAGAGUGGCCUGGAUCAAUGGGAAGCGGGAAGAGGGGACCAAGCUAAGUAUGGAGGUGCUCCGGGCCAGUCUGCAGAAGGAGCUGACCAUGGGCAAAGGCCAGGCUUCCGCCUUGGAGUUGCUGCGCUGCCCCGCCCUUCGCCACCUCUUCUUCUGCCUCUCCACGCUGUGGUUUGCCACUAGUUUUGCCUACUAUGGGCUGGUCAUGGACCUGCAGGGCUUUGGGGUCAGCAUCUACCUAAUCCAGGUGAUUUUUGGUGCCGUGGACCUGCCUGCCAAGCUUGUGGGCUUCCUUGUCAUCAACUCUCUGGGCCGCCGGCCUGCCCAGAUGGCCUCACUGCUGCUGGCAGGCAUCUGCAUCCUGGUCAACGGGGUGGUACCCCAGGAUCAGUCCAUUGUCCGAACCUCUCUUGCUGUGCUGGGGAAAGGCUGCCUGGCUGCCUCCUUCAACUGCAUCUUCCUCUAUACUGGGGAGCUGUACCCCACAGUGAUCCGGCAAACAGGUAUGGGUGUAAGCAACCUGUGGACCCGUGCAGGAAGCAUGUCAGCCCCGCUGGUGAAAAUCACAGGGGAGUUGCAGCCCUUCAUCCCCAGUAUUAUAUUUGGGACCAUUACCCUCCUUGGAGGCAGUGCCGCCUACUUCCUGCCUGAGACCCUCAAUCGGCCCUUGCCAGAGACUAUCCAAGACGUGGAAACCUGGUCCUGGCGGGCAAAGAAACCAAAGCAGGAACCAGAAGCAGAAAAAGCAUCCCAGAGGAUCCCUCUGCAGUCUUCUGGACCGGGCCUGGACCCCAGCUGAGGACAACAGAGCCCCCUUCCCCUGCCCUCCAGAAGCGAAUCUUAGCCAGGUCUUCGCCUGCUUCUGGGCUCUUGAGGGCACCUUGAGGGGGCCCUGAGCAGUUCCAUGCUCCAGCCCAAAGCUUUGGCCACAGGCCUUCCCAUGCCCCACCCUUGUCCUCAUCCUCCCUCAGCCCAGGUCUUGCCAUUCUUCUGUCCAGCCCUUUCCCACUUGCCACCUUCCCCCAUUGUUCCAGCCUCCUUUCCCUGAGGUCCCCUUGGGCUCCCUGGCUCAAGCCUAAACAAAGACAGCUUCCCUUUCUUGCUCCCCACCCCUUUCUUCGA